AUGGACGAGAUUAUUUUCUUCACGGUUGCAGCAGCUGGAAACUGGGCAGCGAUUGAUCUUUACAAGGUUAUCGUACCCAGUGUGAUUCUCAUCUGGUUUCUCAUAUUUCAAGAUUCUAGCUCGAGUUUUUGGAAUUUAUUUUUCCGGGCUGCUCUUUUCUUGCUUCAAGCCAUCUUUUCUGCGAGUAAGAAAGCUAAUUGUGCUGUUUGCAGUGAUGAUGAAGAAGGGGAUGAUGAUGGGAAGUUGUGUGAUGAGGAGGAAUGUGUUGAGGUAAUGAUGGAAAGAUUGAUGAUUUUCGGGGAGGUUAAGGAGAAAGUGGUGGCGAGGAUGUCGGACGAUGAGGUUUUGCAUUUGUUUGAGGAGAGUGAGCCGAGUGUGGCGGAGAUUAAGGAAGCUUUCGAUGUGUUUGACGAGAAUGGCGAUGGGUUCAUAGACGAAAAGGAGGUGGAGAGGAUCCUCUGCAGAAUGGGUUUCUCGGAGCUUUUGCAGGAGGAUUGCAAGAAGAUGAUCAUGGCGUAUGAUGACAACAAAGAUGGGAAGAUUGAUUUUCGUGAGUUCUUAAAGUUAAUGGAGCACAGUUUUGGAUAG